AUGAUUCUUUCCUCUCUUUCUUUCUUUCUUUAUCCCAUUCGUUCUUUCUUUCUCCACCGAGCUAUUCUUUCUUUGGCGAGUUUAUUCUUUCUUUCUUUCUUUCUUUCUUUCUUUCUUUUUCCAUCGAGUCGCAUUUUCCUUUUCCACCGAGUCGUUCUUUCUUUCUUUCCUCUCUUUCUUUCUUUCUUUUUCCCCCCGAGUCGUAUUUUCUUUCUCCGCUUAGUCGUUCUUUCAUUCUUUCUUUAUCCGAUUCGUUCUUUCUUUCUCCGCCGAGCAAUUCUUUCUUUCUUUCUUUCUUUCCCCCCCCGGGAGUCGUAUUUUCUUUUUCCGCUGAGUCGUUUCUUUCUUUCUUUCUUUCUUUCUUUCUCUUUCUUUCUUUAUCCGAUUCGUUCUUUUCUUUCUCCGCCGAGCUAUCGUUCUUUCUUUUUCUUUUCUUUCUUUUUCUUUCUUUCUUUCUUUCUUUAUCCGAUUCGUUCUUUCUUUCUCCGCCGAGCUAUUCUUUCUUUCUUUCUUUUUUCCACCGAGUCGUAUUUUCUUUUCCCGCCGAGUCGUUCUUUUUCUUUCUUUCUUUUUCUUUCUUUCUUUCUUUUCUUUUUUUUUCUUUCUUUUUCUUUUUUUCUUUCUUUCUUUAUCCGAUUCGUUCUUUCUUUCUCCGCCGAGCUAGUCUUUCUUUCUUUCUUUUUUCCACCGAGUCGUAUUUUCUUUUCCCGCCGAGUCGUUCGUUCUUUCUUUCUUUCUUUCUUUCUUUCUUUCUUUCUUUCUUUCUUUCUUCGCCUCGUUCUUUCUUCUUCCUCCGACUUGUUCUUUCUUUCUCCGCCGAGCCAUUCUUUGUUUCUCUCUGUUCUUCUUUCUUUCUUUCUUUCUUUCUUUAUUUAUUUAUUUAUUUAUUUAUUUAUUUCUUACUUGAGUCUUUUUAUUUCUUUUUCUUUGGCGAGUUUAUUCUUUCUUUCUUUCUUUUCUUUCUUUCUUUCUUUUUCCAUCCGCAUUUUCCUUUUCCACCGAGUCGUUCUUUUCUUUCUUUUUCUUUCUUUCUUUCUUUUCCCCCCGAGUCUCGUUCUUUCUUUCUUUCUUUCUUUCCUUUUUCUUUCUUUGUUUCUUUUUUUUUCUUUUUUUAUCAUUCGUUCUUUCUUUCUCGCCGAGCUAGUCUUUUCUUUCUUUCUUUUUUUUGUAUUUUCUUUUCCCGCCGAGUCGUUCGUUCUUUUUUCUUUCUUUCUUUUUUUCUUUCUUUCUUUCUUUCUUUCUUUAUCCGAUUCGUUCUUUCUUUCUCCGCCGAGCUAUUUUUCUUUCUUUUUUUUUCCACCGAGCUGUUCUUUCCCGCUGAGUCGUUCGUUCUUUCUUUCUUUUUUUUUUUUCUUUCUUUUUUUUUUUUUUUUUUCUUUCUUUUUUCUUUCUUUAUUUUUAUUCGUUUUCUUUCUCCGCCGAGCUAGUCUUUCUUUCUUUCUUUUUUCCACACUUUUUUUCUUUCCUGCCGAGUCGUUCGUUCUUUCUUUUUUCUUUCUUUCUUUCUUUCUUUCUUUCUUUCUUUCUUUCUUCGCCUCGUUCUUUUUUUCUCCUAUUCUUUCUCCUGAGCCAUUCUUUUUGUUUUCUCUGUUUGUUUUUUAUUUGUUUGUUUUCUCUUUCUUUUUCCAUCUUGUUCUUUCUUUCUUUCUUUCUUUCUUUCUUUCUUUCUUUCUUUUUUUUUCUUAUUCCGCUGAGUCGUUCUUUCUUUCUUUAUUCCCUGAGUCUUUUGUUCUUUCUUUGACGAGUUCUUUCUUUCUUUCUUUCUUUCUUUCUUUCUUUCUUUCUUUCUUUCUUUAA